GAAAAGUUUCAAUUUGAUGUUUCUGUGUCUUUGUGUCAGGUCUUUCUGUCUGAGUGGAAGGAACGCAAAGUUGCUCUCUCACGGCUGAAGAGUUUGGAAAUGAAAGAUGAUUUUCUCCAUGGACUUCAAAUGCUGAAAUCUCUACAAAGUAAACACAUUGUCACACUGGUUGGCUAUUGUGAGGAUGACAACAGUAUCCUUACUGAAUAUCACCCCUUGGGUUCUUUGAGAAACCUGGAAGAAACACUAACCCUCUCAAAGUACCAAAAUGUGAACACGUGGCAGCACAGGCUGCAGUUGGCUAUAGGGUAUGUCAGUAUCAUUAACUACCUACACCACAGCCCUCUGGGCACACUGGUUAUGUGUGAUUCUAAUGACUUGCCCAAGACAUUGUCCCAGUAUCUGCUUACAAGUAACUUGAGCAUUGUGGCAAAUGACUUGGAUGCCUUGCCUCUGGUGAACCACAGCUCUAAGAUGUUUGUGAAGUGUGGCCACAGGGAGCUUCAUGGGGAUUUUGUGGCUCCAGAGCAGCUGUGGCCCUAUGGAAAGGACACACCUUUUCAUGACGAGCUUAUGCCUUCCUAUGAUGAGAAGGUUGACAUCUGGAAGAUUCCAGAUGUCUCCAGUUUCCUUUUGGGUCAUGUUGAAGGCAGUGAUAUGGUUCGAUUCCAUUUGUUUGAUAUUCACAAGGCUUGUAAGAGCCAGACUCCUGCAGAAAGACCCAGUGCUCAGGAUAUUCUGGAUACUUACCAAAAGGUUUUUAACUUGCUCAGAGAUACUGGAAGGUCUCAGACAAGGGAAAUGUUAUAAAACCCAGACUAGUUGUUGAAGGGUAGGAUUUAAAGACUGAAUCAAAAUUACAACAGUUCUAUGCUGAUGAUGGAGGUUGUUGCUUAUGCUUGGGGUUUUCAUUAUGUUUUGCUGUUUGGCCAUAUGAUUCUUUUUCUACAUCUGACUGCCCAAGUGGGAGCAAGAGCAAAGCAGAUUUGAUUUAAACCUGGCUUCACAUUUCUGAGGAUGUUUGCUUUUGGUGAAGAUGUAGGAAGCAAUGAAAUUACCCAGUAUCUGAAUUAACUAAUAAAAAUAUAGUCAUAAAGAAGCCUUACAUACCCUAAUAAAGUUUGUAAGCUCUUAAGAAGUAUUAAUAGAGGGCUGGGAAGAUGGCUCAGUGGUAGAGCUCCUGUCUUGCAUGCAUGAGGCCCUGGGUUUGAU